AUGGAAGCCGUCAAAGUGUUCUUCAGCUCGCCGCGCUUCGCCGUGGCCGGCGCGAGCAACGACCCGGCCAAAUUCGGCCAUCGCAUUCUGGCGUGGUACCACCACCAUUCGCUCCCUGUUACGCCCCUCAACCCGCGCGCUGCCUCCAUUCAACUGCACUCGACCAGUCUACCGACGGUCGCCUCGGUGCGCGACUUGCCCGCUCCGACCGAGACGUCGCUGUCAGUGGUGACUCCCCCCGCGGUGACUCUCGCUCUCCUUCGCGAAGCAUAUGCGGUCGGCAUCCCAGCUGUCUUCCUGCAGCCUGGCACUUACGACCAGGCGGUGCUGGACUACCUGGAGGGACAUUUUGCGGCGGCGGUGGUGGGCGCGGGAGGCCGAGGCUCGGAGGGUUGGAUGCCCACCGGUUCGAUCAUUCUGGAUUCGCCCAUUCCUCCUCAUCUCGAUCUGGCCGGGGCGCCUUCGCAGCUCUUCCAAGUCCCUCCCUCGCCGUCAGCCUCAUCGGCGCUGUAUCGCUCUAUCGCCGUCCCGCCUCGCAAACGGGCUCGUCCCAACCUCGACCAACGCUCUUCUUGGCUGCAAAUCGAUGGCGCCUUCAGCCCUACCGUUCCGUCGCUGAUCGGCCCCGACGACCUCCUACACAGCGCCGAUGGUAUCGUCGACCUCGACUAUCGACCCAGCCGGUAUCGCGAGCCGGCCCAUCCAUUCCCUCUCGAUGCCAGCGUCGACUCUCUCAGCGAGGCCGGCGGUCUUCGUCGCAAACGCAGUCGUCGGGACCCUUCCCUGAUCGCUGCCUCGCCCACCGGCCCGGAUGAAAAGGGUAUUCCUCCGAACGUCACACCGGACCCCUCCGAUGCCGCACCCGUCCGCUGGAGCAAGGCUGUCCUGGGCGUGGUCGGCAAGGUCUGGGAUUUCUGCUGGUCCGGAGCGUUUCGGGGGUUCUACGCCGGCGGCGGCCGCGGAUACAACAUGAGCAGCGAGGAGGAUGCUCUCUCGCCGUCGUUCCCAUCCCCGGCCAGCGAGAAAGAAUCCCUGCCGGCCACUCCCACCGCCCAUUUCCGUCAGCGUCCGCGUCAGCGGGGACCAUCCACCCCUCUUCCCGGCGAGUAUCCCGACGAGGACGAUCUACAGCGCAGCUGGGUGAUGGUUUCCGCCGGCAAGUCGUCUAGCCCGUCGUCCUCGCUCGCCACCAAUCGCAGCACCACUCCCAGGCGGGUUCCCCGCCGCACUACAACCGCCGCCCAUCACGCCUCACGUCGGGGACGACCCCACAACAAGCGGGUGCUGACGUCGCAUGCGCCGUCCCUGCCAAGUCAACCCUACUUCUCCUCGCCGGCCAUGCCGCGCGAGAGUCCGGUGUCCGUGGACACGCAGCGCCACAUGGCGGAAAUGCGUCGCAUGGAGCGCGAGGGGAACGCCAGCAUGCGAAGGAUGGAGAAGAAGCUCGAGGCGCUGAUCCGCGAGGGUACCCAGGCGCUGGCUACCCGUGUGGAGGUAACCGACUUGGACAUGGAAGAUUGA